AGAGAGAGAAUUAGGCAAACCAAAUAAAUAACUCACACAACCCACCGCUCAACCAACCAACCCCAUCUUCUAAUAUAUCUCUCCCUUCUUCUUUUUAUUUCAUUAUCUUCCAAAAUUUUCACCACAAACAUUAUAUAAAUUCCUCUUCAUAUUUGAAGAAAACAUUAAUCUUUUCUUGUAGAAUUCUAUAAUUCUCGUAACUAAAUGGCCAGCGAGGGAGUCGUAGUUGUCGGAGGGGAGAGAGAAGGGGCUGAGAUCGUGUACGGAGCGGAAGAAUGUUACAAGCAAUCAUUGGAGCUUCUAGAGGAGCUAGGGUUUCCAAAAGGAGUCAUGCCCUUGAAGAAUCUUGUGGAGUGUGGAAGGGUUAGAGCCACGGGUUACGUUUGGAUGAAGCAAGACACUCCUUACGAGCAUUUCUUCGAAGCCACCAACACUCGUGUCUCCUACGGUCUCGAAGUCACCGCCUAUGUCGACAAGUGUUGUAUGAAGAAGAUGACAGGAGUGAAGAGUAAGCAGAUGUUUUUGUGGGUACCUAUCGUGGAGAUGAGUAUGGAGGAGCCAAAAAGCAAGAAGAUUUACUUCAAGACUCCUAUGGGAAUCGGCAAGUCUUUCCCCGUUACCGCAUUCAUGGACGAGGAAGAGAAACGCAACUUUUACUUGGAGAAUCCCAAAAAUUAAACCAUUUAAUAAUUAUUCAUUACUUCUUCUUGAUUAUGAUAAUUAUAAUUACAUUUUCGGAUGCUUUUAUAAUUUUUAUUUUAAUAUCUUGUAAGGUUGCUCUAUGCCAUUAUCAAUAAUACAUUUUCUGGGAGCGUUGAUUAUUUUCCCUAAAAA